CUGUCCAUUUCUCUUUCUCUUCUGGUAUCCUCUCCUAAUUUAUGACACUCCAGUGUCAUUUAAGGGGUUAUUUUUAGGCUGUGUAUAGUGGCUGCAUGCCUGUAUUCUCAGAACUCUGGAAGAGGUUGAAGGACCUACCUACCACGUGAGACCAGCCCGUGCUGUAUAGUGAGUGGCAGGCCAUAUUCUUUGUAGAUUUAUUUUUAAUUAUGGGUCUGUGUGUGCACAUGAAAGCCUUAUGGGUGUAGAUGUCUUGGAGUUAGAGUUACAGGUGGUUGUGGCCUGCCCCACAUUGGUGCUGGGAAGCAAACCCCAGGAUCUCUGCAAGAACAGUGUCAACUACUGAGCCAUCUCUCCAGCCCCCUUUCUUGACCAAAAGAGAUACCCAGGCUGGCAAUCUUGUUUCAUCUCAGCCUCCCAAGUGUUGGGAAUGUGGGUGUUAUUUUCUUGAUCCCACUAUGAUAACAGAACUGUCUUUGUUUUCCCACUGUGCAGACUUGAGGAGCCACAGCGCACUAUCCUUUGGUUCUCCAUCAUUUUCAUGCUUGAGGCUGACUGCAUUCUGGGGGCUCCGCCUUACCCCCUUUCCCUACUCUUUGCUCCUGACUUGCUCUUCCCCCCUCUUCCUUUCAAAAUGUUAAUCUUUCCAAGCAGUCUGGGAUCUGGAAGAUGACUCCCGAUUUGAAUUUUUCUACGGAGCUUGAGUUCUGAAGGAUGGAGAACAUACAAAAAGGAAUUUGUCAUCCUUUCCCAUUUGAAAUGAUGGAAGAACUGCAUAGCCUGGACCCACGAAGGCAGGAGUUACUGGAGGCCAGGUUCACUGGCGUUGGCGUAAGCAAGGGGCCACUCAACAGUGAGUCUUCCAACCAGAGUUUGUGCAGCGUGGGGUCCUUGAGUGAUAAAGAAGUAGAGACUCCUGAGAAAAAGCAGAGUGACCAGCGCAAUCGGAAAAGAAAAGCCGAACCGUACGAAACUAGCCAAGGGAAAGGCACUCCUAGGGGACAUAAAAUUAGUGAUUACUUUGAGUUUGCUGGGGGAAGCGGGCCAGGAACCAGCCCUGGCAGAAGUGUUCCACCAGUUGCACGAUCCUCACCGCAACAUUCCUUAUCCAAUCCCUUACCGCGUCGAGUAGAACAGCCUCUAUAUGGGUUAGAUGGAAGUGCUGCAAAGGAGGCCUCAGAAGAGCAGUCAGCUCUGCCAACCCUCAUGUCAGUGAUGUUAGCAAAACCUCGCCUGGACACGGAGCAGUUGGCGCCACGGGGAGCUGGCCUCUGCUUCACUUUUGUCUCUGCUCAGCAAAACAGCCCUUCUUCUACGGGUUCUGGCAAUACAGAACAUUCUUGCAGCUCCCAAAAACAGAUCUCCAUCCAGCACAGACAGACCCAGUCUGACCUCACAAUAGAAAAAAUAUCUGCACUAGAAAACAAUAAGAACUCUGACUUAGAGAAGAAGGAAGGAAGAAUAGAUGAUUUAUUAAGAGCCAACUGUGAUUUGAGGCGACAGAUAGAUGAACAGCAAAAGAUGCUAGAAAAAUACAAGGAACGAUUAAAUAGAUGUGUCACCAUGAGCAAGAAGCUCCUUAUAGAAAAGUCAAAACAAGAGAAGAUGGCGUGCCGAGAUAAGAGCAUGCAGGACCGAUUGCGGUUAGGCCACUUUACCACUGUGCGGCACGGAGCCUCUUUUACUGAGCAGUGGACAGACGGUUAUGCUUUCCAAAACCUCAUCAAGCAACAGGAAAGGAUAAAUGCACAGAGAGAAGAGAUCGAAAGGCAACGGAAAAUGUUAGCAAAGCGGAAACCCCCUGCCAUGGGUCAGGCCCCUCCCGCAACCAAUGAGCAGAAACAACGGAAAAGCAAAACUAAUGGAGCUGAAAAUGAAACGUUAACCUUAGCUGAAUACCAUGAACAAGAGGAAAUCUUCAAACUUAGAUUAGGUCAUCUUAAGAAAGAGGAAGCAGAAAUCCAGGCAGAGCUGGAAAGGCUAGAAAGGGUUAGGAAUCUACAUAUCAGGGAAUUAAAAAGGAUACACAAUGAAGAUAAUUCGCAGUUUAAAGACCAUCCAACACUAAAUGACAGAUACUUGCUGUUACAUCUUUUGGGUAGAGGAGGUUUCAGUGAAGUUUACAAGGCAUUUGAUCUAACGGAGCAAAGAUAUGUAGCUGUGAAAAUUCACCAGUUAAAUAAAAACUGGAGAGAUGAGAAAAAGGAGAAUUACCACAAGCAUGCGUGUAGGGAAUACCGAAUUCACAAAGAACUGGAUCAUCCCCGGAUAGUGAAGCUGUAUGAUUACUUUUCACUGGACACUGACUCGUUUUGUACAGUAUUAGAAUACUGUGAAGGAAAUGACCUGGACUUCUACCUAAAACAGCACAAAUUAAUGUCGGAGAAAGAAGCCCGAUCCAUUAUUAUGCAGAUUGUGAAUGCUUUAAAGUACUUAAAUGAAAUAAAACCUCCCAUCAUACACUAUGACCUCAAACCAGGUAAUAUCCUUUUAGUAAAUGGUACAGCAUGUGGAGAGAUAAAAAUUACAGAUUUUGGUCUUUCCAAGAUCAUGGAUGAUGAUAGCUACAAUUCAGUGGAUGGCAUGGAGCUCACGUCACAGGGUGCUGGUACUUACUGGUAUUUACCACCAGAGUGUUUUGUGGUUGGGAAAGAGCCACCAAAGAUCUCAAAUAAAGUUGAUGUCUGGUCAGUGGGUGUGAUCUUCUACCAGUGUCUUUAUGGGAGGAAGCCUUUUGGCCAUAACCAGUCCCAGCAAGAUAUUCUACAAGAGAAUACUAUUCUUAAAGCUACUGAAGUACAGUUCCCGCCAAAGCCAGUAGUAACGCCUGAAGCUAAGGCAUUUAUCAGGCGAUGUUUGGCCUAUCGAAAGGAAGACCGUAUUGAUGUGCAGCAGCUGGCCUGUGACCCCUACUUGUUGCCUCACAUCCGAAAGUCAGUCUCUACAAGUAGUCCUGCAGGAGCUGCUAUUGCAUCAACCUCUGGGGCAUCCAAUAACAGUUCUUCGAAUUGAGACCAACUCCCAAGGCCACAAACUGUUCAGCACAUAAAGUGGACACAUGGCAUUCAGCAGUGGGUUUGGAACAUAGUGAAUCCGAAUGGAUCUCAUGAAACCUGUACCAGGUGCUUUUAUUUUCUUGCUUUUUUUCCCAUCCAUAGAGCAUGACAGCAUCGAUUCUCAUUGAGGAGAAGUCUUGGGCAGCUCUGGCCAGGCCUCGUAGGAAAAGGCCCCGCCCGAGGUUCCAGCGUCAAGGUCACCAUGGGUGGCUGCUCUGAGUGAGGAAAAAAUUAAAAAGAAAAAAACUGGUUCCAUGUACUGUGAACUUGGAAACAUGCAGACUCAGGGGGUUCCCUGAUGCAGUGCUUCAGAUGAAGAAUGUGGACUUGAAAAUACAGACUGGGCUAGUCCAGUGUCUAUAUUUAAACUUGCUCUUUUCUUUUAAUAAAGUUUAGGUAACAUCUCCUGAAAAGCUGGUAGCACAAGGCUCGGCUGGGGAUGGUGUUUGACUUGGGAGGAAAAAGUUGCUACUGCCACUAAAGGCACUAGAGUUAGUGUGCUAGCCCCGGGGAAUCUCAGUCUCUGAAGACAUGCAGCUCCCUCGCCCUUUUUAUUUUUGAAAGAAUACAUUUGGUCCUAAAGUGAAACCCGUAUUAGCGAGUACGUGGCAAUGUUCAUUCCGGUCAGAUGCAGCUUUCUCCUCCAUCUGGUCUCCUGCUUAUGAAUGCUUCCCUCACCUCAGUAGGGAGAAACAGUGGGGGUUCUGAGAUGCGUGGGUUUUGCCAUUGGACAAAGAAUGAGGUUAGAAGACUGCAGUUUGGAGUCUUUCUAGGUUUUCAGAUAUUUCUUCACAAUUUGAACACUUGACGGUUGUCCCUUUUAAUUUAUUUGAAGUGCUAUUUUUUUAAAUAAAGGUUCAUCUGUCCAUGCA